AUGCCCUCUUACGUUGUUACUGGUGCCAGUCGAGGAAUUGGCCUUGAAUUCGUUCGCCAACUUAGUGAUGACCGUUCCAAUGAAGUUUUUGCCCUAGUUCGUAACCUUAAGAGCAUCACUCACUUGGAGCCAUUGAGUGCAAGAAAGAAUGUCCAUAUUUUAGAAGCUGACUCUACUUCCAGCGUUCAAUUGUACAAGGCUGCGGAAGAAGUUUCUAAAAUUACUGGUGGCUCUUUGGACGUGCUAAUUGCAAAUGCAGGUGGAAACAUAGGUUCAGGUAGAUCGCUCGCUGACCCCGAUAUGCCUCCAGAAGAAGUCGCAGCUGAACUUAGAGAAAACUAUGAGCAAAACGUUGUAGCAGCAGUGUUCACUAACAAUGCUUUCUUGCCUUUACUUAGAAAGGGACAACAAAAGAAAAUCAUUGACAUCAGUUCAGCAAUGGGCUUAGGGGGCUUUUCGCUAAAAACAGGAUUUGCAUACAUCCCAGCUUACAGCAUGGCUAAAGCAGCUUUAAACUUGGCAGUAACUAAAUACGCAGUUGAGCUUGCCAAAGAAAACUUUAUUGUCAUUGGUUUAUCCCCCGGACUAGUGGAUACGUCAAAAACAAAGGCUGUCCCACCUUCUGAGGAACAACGUAAAGUUUUGGCAGGGUUUAUUGAUCAGUGGAGACCUUCUAACCCAGACUGGGACGGCAAGCCCCUAACUGUAGAAGAUUCUGUUCAAAAGCAAUUAAAAGUUAUUAAAUCUUUAAAACCGUAUCAUAGUGGAUAUAUGCUAUCUCAAAACGGAGAUACUAAUCAAUGGUUCUAG